AUGGGCAAACGGAAUCUUCCAGUUGCUCAUCUUCAAGUUCUCUUAUGUUCUUCACUAUUUCUUGAACUCUUUCGGACAUGUAGUCCGUAUGUUCCUCAACAAAUUUCAACACCAUGCGUAAUUGUUCCCGGUAUGCUGCACACCGUNAGUACAGAACUUCGCAGAGUUUUUCAAAUGUUUGAUAGGAAUGGAGAUGGGAAAAUAACAAAGAAGGAGCUCAGUGAUUCCUUACAGAACUUGGGAAUAUUUAUUCCGGAUGGAGAUUUGGUUCAAAUGAUAGAUAAAAUAGAUACGAAUGGAGACGGGUUCGUCGACAUCGAUGAGUUUGGAGCAUUGUAUCAGACGAUAAUGAAUGAGAAAGACGAGGAAGAAGACAUGAAGGAAGCAUUCAAUGUGUUUGAUCAAAAUGGAGAUGGAUACAUAACCGUUGAUGAAUUGAGAUCGGUUUUGGCAUCACUGGGGCUCAAACAAGGAAGAACCCUUGAAGAUUGUAAGAGAAUGAUAAAGAAAGUGGAUGUUGAUGGAGAUGGAAUGGUGGAUUAUGCUGAGUUUAAACAGAUGAUGAAAGGUGGUGGAUUUGCUGCAUUACAAUGA